AUGGCACCUCACAAAUCCACCCUCGAGUCCAAGCCUGCCCCUCAAACACCUAUACGGCAGACUCGUGCCCGCUCGAAGCUCAGUAACGCUGCUCCUCUGAUGCAAGGUCUUGACCAGAGAGGACAAGCCCAGGGUCCCCUCAUCGAAAAGCCUAAGACUCGGGCAGAUAGAAAAUCUGCCCAUAAACGAGACAGCAGUUCGAAGUCGGUUUUGAAAAAGGCCAACAACAAAGAAAGGAGGAAGGACAAGGUCGGCUUCCGAGCCCGGCUCAGUUAUUCAGCGACACCUCCCUUGUCGCCAGCAGCUACUUCGCCAUCGUCAACAGCUCAGCAGCUGGCGGCACAAGAAGCGGCUGGUUCUUCUGACAACGUCGACGCCUCGCAGGGUCCGUCAGACGGUGAUGACUUUAGCAAUGACGCCGACGACUCGAAUGAUGCACCUCCAGCUCAGGACAAUAGUAACCAUAUCCCAAGUGCAGAGGAUUCUAAUCUGUCAGAUGCUCCUGAUUCAGACUCUUCUGAUCUGUCAAGCCCGGCUCAAAACCAUGAGGGCGGCGACGAUAGUGACUCUUCAGACAGCUCUACUUCAUCCGAUUCCCCUGAGUCUCCCAAUUCCGCUGGCAUUCCUGAGCCCAACCUCUCAGCCAACCAAGGUGGUGCUGGUGGUCACGAUCUCCUUGCCGAAGAAAAUGAAGAUCCCAAUGUUUCUGGUUCUUCAGACAACGGAAUUCCACCUUCGGAACCCAGUGCUCACUGCAAAGUCUUGACACCGAUCAACGUCCCGACAAACACAGAUUCAUCUGGAUCCAGUAGUCCAUCCUCGGGCAAUUUCAGCCCCUUGCUUCUGCCCAAUCCUGACCCAGAAAUCCCUGGUCUUUUUGGCUCCGGUGUCAGGGCCCGCCCGCACUAUGGUUGGUAUGAGCAGUAUCACCAAACCGGGCGUGACUGCGCAAAGGUACACGGUUGCACACACAAUCCGGGAAGGGUAUGCCACAGCUGCCACGCCAAUUGGCAAAAGGCGUGGUCUGUAUAUUUCAAGGCACAUGAGGUUCUUGAUGAAGCAGUUGCCAAUCCAGAGAAAUACCUGGUUGAUACCGGACUUGAUGUGCGCAAGGACUAUAUGGGACACCUGUUGGAGGGGUCGGGCUGGGAGGUGUUGGCACUGGAAUUGCAGCCUCCUACUGGCAAUAGCAUCCGGCUUCAUCCUACACGCAUUGCCAAGCACAGGCUGGCUUUUGCUCAGAUGGGGGUUGACAUGCAAUAA